AUGACAUACGCCAUUGAAACGACGUCUCAAGUGGGCCUCGACAUAGAGUGGAGGCCCAAUUCUGGUCGUAACCAACAAAACCCCGUUGCAACUCUUCAGCUUUGCGUAGGCCGUCGUUGCGUGAUCUUUCAGCUACUUUAUUGUCAGUAUAUACCCGAUGCACUAACGGAGUUUUUGUCGAAUCCUCGUUAUGCUUUUGCUGGAGUUGGGAUCGCGAGCGAUGCUGAGAAGUUGGAGGGUGAUUAUCAGAUAUUCGUUGAGAAUACGGUUGAUUUGAGGCUGUUAGCGGCUGAUGUGUAUAGUUCGAGGAAUUUAAGGAAUGCCGGAUUGAAGACGCUAUGUGGAGUUGUACUUGGAAGAGAGAUGGAAAAGCCGAGGCAUGUUACUAUGGGUUGA